CACCAUUAACUCAACAAAAUAACCAGCAACCAGGAAAUUCUUUACAACCGUUUACAUUACAUUUUUUAUUAUUAACCACUAUAGUAAUGCGUGUUGAUGUGAAUUUUUUUUACAAAGAAGAAUGCACCGAGUACGUAACGUUCGACCAAUGAAAAAUAUAAUGUAGUUAAUGUGGCGAGUACGCAAAAACUUUUCACAAAUGUAGUUCACACAGUGAGUAAGACGGCAUUUAAAGUGUUUAUUUUGUGUUGUUUUUGCUCGUAACGAUGCACUUCCCAUUCAUUUUGACCGCAUGAAUGUCAAGAGAAAGAUGCUGAUUUCAUGAGUGUGCCGUACGUGUGCGUUGGAUUGUGUUUUAAAUGAAUUGAAACUAGUGAAUUUCGAAUAUGAGUCACACCAGUGAUCAGAACCCCCUUUCCCAGCCUUUGAGGGUAGAAACGGAUAGUAGCAGUGUGCAUAACGAGGCGAACGGGUAUUUUGAGGAAAAGGACAACUUUAGUCAUCACAAUAAUACUGACAAUGAUGAUACUGACUCAUUGGGGCCGUUGCCUGCGAAGUGGGAAAAGGCCUACACGGAAAGUGGUGAAGUCUAUUUCAUUGAUCACUCUACCGGAACAUCUCAUUGGCUGGACCCUCGUCUCUCGAAAUUCCAAAAGAAGUCGUUGGAAGACUGUCUGGACGACGAGCUGCCUUACGGCUGGGAAAAGAUCAGCGACCCCCACUACGGCACCUACUUUAUCGACCACGUGAACCGCAGAACCCAAUACGAAAACCCUGUGAUACAAGCCAAAAGGGCCGCGUCUCAAAAUUCCGCCAGGGCCAGCAGGACGUCGUUCACUAAAGACCCGUCCGAGCUGUGCGGUCAGCGUUUCAGGACCUCCUUGGUUAAGUCGUCUAGAGGCUUGGGAUUCACCAUUGUGGGCGGUGACGAUGGGGUCGACGAGUUCUUGCAAAUCAAGUCGGUGGUGCCCAAGGGGCCGGCCUGGCUGGACGGUCAACUGCAGACCGGCGACGUAAUUGUCUUUGUGAACGAUACGUGUGUAUUGGGGUACACGCAUAACCAGAUAGUCAGGCUGUUUCAGUACAUCAGCGUUGGGUCCACCGUUUCGCUUGAGGUUUGUAGGGGGUAUCCCCUGCCGUUUGAUCCCAAUGACCCCAACACUGAGGUGGUGACCACAAUAGCUGUGGACGGGCAUCUACAACCAAUAGCUAACGACAAAAGGUUGCUAGACACCAAUUAUAACUUUCUGGAUGGGGAUGACGUCUCCAGAGACGAAGAGAACGUCUUAGACAGCACCGACGACAUAGAUGAUCUGUUGAAAGGUAUAGGCAGUCUCACAUUAGGUAAAGUAGAAGUACGUGUUAGAAUAGUCAAAGGAAAUCUCGGUUUCGGUUUUACAAUAGCUGAUAGUGCUUGUGGCCAGAGGGUCAAGAAAAUAUUAGAUAGACAACGAUGUAAAAACCUCAUGGAGGGGGACAUACUCCUUGAGAUAAACGAGGUGUCCCUACAAAACAUGUCACACGACGAUGUUGUGCAGGUGUUGAAGAACUGCCCGUACAACAGCGAAGCAACGAUUUGUGUACAACGAGGAUGCACAAACAAAACGCCAAAUAUUAGAAAUAAGCCUAGGAAAUUAGACAAUAGAUUUGGGGGUAAAGAUAUAAGUAGCGCAUAUAGAAGUAAAACACCCACAGCCGACAUAUACAGCACUCAGCCAAGAGAAGUCUUACCAAGCAGACCUAAAACUCCUUUAGUUGACACCAGAAGUCUUACCAAAACCCCAGUGAAAGACCUAAACUCCAACACCAACCACGAAUUACUAAGAAGAGACUUCAACAACGACUCGUACAAUCCGGAAAGGUCUCGCCUGAGAUUGUCCCUCAUUGACAAUCCUGAGGAAGAGGUCGAAAUAGACAUAAGCGAGAACAACAUGCCCAGCAAACCCUCGUACGAAUUUCCACCGCCUGUGGAUCCCAAAUUCGGUCUGUACAUGUCGUUGCCGCACCGAUACGACUGCACUUGUUUCACCUGUGCUAAUCAAAGAAGUGGGUCAGGCAUUGCGGAGACCUGCGACUCGUACGACAUGAGCAACGGGAAGAAGAAUGGCUACGAUUGGUGGUACAAUUCGAGGAACAGCGAGUAUGUUACUACGGCCGUUACGCUCAACAGACAGGAAACGGGGUUUGGGUUUAGGAUAGUCGGCGGCAUCGAAGACAAGUCGCAGGUUGCCGUUGGCCACAUAGUGACCGGUGGAGCGGCGGACCUGGACGGCAGAAUAAGAUCCGGGGACGAGAUCGUAAGCGUGGACGGUCUGUCGGUCCUCAAGGCUUCCCACAGACAAGUGGUGCAGCUCAUGAACUCGGCAGCUGGAAGAGGACAAGUGAACUUGAUACUGCGAAGGAGGAUUUACCCGACACCACCCAUCGGUCAACAGGGCUAUUCCAUGCCGUGGUCGCACGAUAGCUCGCCGCCAAGCAACAGCGGCCAUCCACCACCUUUAAUCGUAACGAAUCACCACCCCGGCCAGACCUACGACGUGACCGUACAACGCACAGAGAACGAAGGCUUCGGCUUCGUCAUUAUAUCGUCGGUGAACAAAAUUGGGUCGACAAUAGGUAGACUAAUAGAAGACAGCCCGGCCGAAAGAUGCGGCAGACUAAGGGUAGGUGAUUAUAUCGUGGCGGUGAACCACAUCGACAUCAUGCACCUAAGUCACGGCGACAUUGUCAACUUAAUCAAAGAAUCUGGCCUCUCGGUGACACUAACAAUCGCUCCAAACCCGGAUCUGUGAUUGAAUUUACGUGUUUAACACCAAUAAUCAAAAACGAAGUAACAAUCUUGUUGCAUAUAUUAAAUUACACACCCUUCAAGCUGUAAAAAAUCGAAUUCGCUUAAAAAUUGGUAGCUAAAUUGGAUAGGAAGUUGUAUUUUUAUUUUUACAUUAGAAAACUAGUUUCGGUGAGUUUAUACAGGGUGUAAGCUAUUGUUAUUGUUAAAAAUGAUAUUUUGAAAUAAUAGAUGUUAUCAGAAAUUGUAAUUAGAUAUUUGUGAUACAAAAAGAUUUGUUGAGCAAUUUUAAACGGCUUGAAAUUAAUAACUGUACUGUUAUAAAUUAGUUAAAAUCAAUGAAUUCCCGAUUAUUGAACGCAUUGGUAUUAAUUAAAAAUAAAAGUCAUUUGUUGGUUGUUAAUAAUUUGGCUUGACGUCUCAUCAAUUUAGAAAUCGCAUGCCUGCUGUCAUCAAUCAUAUUUUACAGGCUGUGUAUUUUCAGUUGUAUAAAAACUGUUAAAAAAUAUAUAAUGUGAGCUCAAUGUAUUUAACUGAUGGUUUCAGUUACAUUUUUUAAUACCAAAUUUUGAUUAUCUAGAACAUUUGUAUAUGUGAUAUAGAUAUAGACAUCUCACUGCCUCAAUAAUAUUAAAAAAGAACUGAUCAACGAUUUUUACAUUUAAGUGGGAAACUGUUUUUUCUUAAGUUUGGAAUUCUCUCAUAAUAUAAUGUUGUCAUAUAGAUUUAAUAUUUGAUCAUUAUUGUAUUAGUAUCUCUCGAAUUCGUGCCCUUCUCUACACCCACUAAUAAUUUUCCUCUCUUUUGUGGCAUUAUUUAAGGAUAUUUUGUAAUUUGACUGAACAAAUUUUUUUAUGUAUUUAUUUGUGAACGACUGAAUUUGCUAACCAAUAAUAUUCUUUAAACAGUUAAUUUUUAUUGUGAUACAUUGGGAACUUAUCCAAAUCUCUCAUUUUGUGAAACGUACUAUUUUUAGCUGUCAUAACGAUAACUAAUACAAGUUUAAAAUAUAUUAUUGAAAAUUGUUGUUAGCUAUUCCUUAAAACUCAAUCAUUUGUACUCUAAUUUAUUGUAUUUUCCUACUAACUAAGAAUUUGUUACCUCCUGUAUUAUAUAAUAUUUAGACCUUACUUUUAAGUUUAUAAUAUCUGCAAUAUAAAUAAUGUAAUCAUUCCUACUGGAUUAUAUUAGGCUUUUGUAUAUUUAAAACUUCGGUGUUUAAAAUUUCUGUGAUAAUCUAAUGCAUGUGUAGUUUAAUGUAACAAUUUUAUGAGAAAACUGUGUUUUGAUAUAAAGAACUUUGUACUUUUUUAUACACCGUUUUGUCAUAAACUAAAAUGUGGCAAUAAGUCAGAACAUUAAGGAAUAAAGUCAUUUUACUGUUUUAGGAAAACAUACAAUGUUAGGUUGUUUAAUUAAAAAAUUCGCAAAUAUUUUAAACAAGGAUAUACUUUUGUAUAAAUUUUAAAUAUACAUUAGCGAUCUCAAUUAUUUUAUAUAUUUUAAUAAACUUGCCUUAUAAAUUUGAUCUGAAUUAAUAAAAUAUGUAUAUUAUAUAUGUAUAUUAAUGUUGUUAUAAUUAGCAUAUUAUAUAAUUAUGUAAUGUUAAGAGUUUAGAAUAAGUUACACUUUAUAUAUUCAGUCUGUAUCAUUGUUAUCGUAUUUUUAAUGUUACAAUUGUUGAAUCAAAAAUUAUUCCGGCCAGCGUUCAUGAGGAAAAAAAUCAAGAAUGAAAUAAGCUAGACUGAUAUUUUGUAUAUAAUUUUAUCUCCAUCUGACUUGUUUUCCAGAAUAUAUCUUAUGAUAACCAA